GGGAACCUCUUGCUACUCACUUCCUUCAGCCUUCCCUCCCCUAUCUGCCCACAGUGAGUGGAUCCUCUCAAUCACAGCCACUCUCCACAAACCAGAAGGAGCGGCUGCGGGGCACCACCCAGCUUCCCUCUCCAGGGCUGGGAAGAGGCAGCGGAGUCUGGCUUCAAACACCUACAACUGUCGUCAGGAGAACCUGGUCCACACUUCGCAGUGCAGAGUGCCUAGCGAGGUUUGUUCAUCCCACCGAGAGGCCUGGGCUCCCGAAUCCAGCAACAGAACUACAACUCCCAGAAGACCCGUUGCCUGGUCUGCCGGAAACCCAAGUCUGGCGGAGAGGAAGCAGCGAGACCCGGCCAACAAGCCAGAGCUCAGUUUAGCCAGAAAAAGGGGGCGGGAAGGGCUGUGGGGUUAACCUGUCAAUUCUCCACGAUGAACGUGGUUUUUGCUGUAAAGCAGUACAUUUCCAAGAUGAUAGAGGACAGCGGGCCGGGCAUGAAAGUUCUUCUCAUGGAUAAAGAGACGACUGGUAUAGUGAGUAUGGUGUAUACACAAUCAGAGAUUCUUCAGAAGGAAGUCUACCUUUUUGAACGCAUUGAUUCUCAAAAUAGAGAAAUCAUGAAACACUUGAAAGCAAUUUGUUUUCUUCGUCCUACGAAGGUAAUACACAGAUUUAGCUGCCACCUGGUCAGGCAGUUACAGAACACUAUGAUCUGAAAACAUUAAGAAGGCAAAUAAAUUUUGUAUUUUCAUCA